AUGAAUUUCCAGAUAGAUGCCUCACCUUGCCCCAGAAGUGAUCUCUUUCCUAUCCUCCAUAAAUGGUAUCAACCAGGAAACCUCCUCAUUGGUGGGAUCACAGCUCAGAUUGUGUAUGUACUUGAGGAACAUUUCUUUGAAGAGCACCCUUCACAGAAAUCGUUUAUGCCACCUCUAGCUGUUUUAAAGUUGUAUCAGCAUUCCCUGAGUUUGGCAUUUGCAGUAAAACAGAUCAACUCAAACCCAAGGCUCUUAUCUAAUAUUACCCUGGGAUUUUUCAUCUGUGAUAACUAUUUUGAUGCUCAGCUGACUUACCGUUCCACUUUCGAACUGCUUUUCCGAUCCGAUCAGUUGAUUGUCAACUACAGAUGUGAUAUCAAGGAGAAUCUCGUGGCCAUUAUUGGAGGAUUUGGUGCUGAUAUCUCAUUCUUCAUGUCAGAUAUCACAAGUCUUUAUAAAAUCCCACAGAAGCAUGAAACAAAGAUGGCUGCUUUCUUUUAUCGCAUGGCCCCCAAUGAAAGUCUUCAGAUUCUGGGGAUUAUCCAUUUGCUGAAACACUUUGGAUGGAUAUGGGUUGGGCUUAUAAUUCUGGAUGAUGAGAGUGGAGACAAUUUCUUCCAAGCCCUGGACCCACUUCUUUCUGAGAACAGGAUCUGCUCUGCCUUUGUGGAGAGAUUUCCCAAACAAGCAUUUUUUUCUAUAUUUCAAAAUACAAUUGUCGAUAGGAUAUAUGUUUUUUUGAUGGACAACAAAAUCAAUACAUUUGUCUUCUAUGGGGAAAGCACUACAGCAAUGCUUCUGUUUAUGUUCCUUAAAUAUGCCUACGCUUCAAAAAUAUUGGGAAAAACGUGGAUUCUAACAGCUCAGAUGGAUUUAACAUUAACAAGCCUUCAUCGACCCUCCGAUCUGCAAUUGUUUGAUGGAGCAAUUUCCUUUGCUAUUCACUCCAAUGAACUUCCAGGGUUCCGUGAAUUUCUCGGGACCAUCAAACUACUCCAGACCCAGCAAGAUAGUUUGUUGAAAAAGCUCUGGGAACAAGGCUUUGAUUGCAUCUUUUCUGAGAGCAAUAAAUCAGUGGAAAAUGAUGAAGUAUGCACUGGGAGGGAAGAGCUAAAAAACCUUCCUCAGCAUUUAUUUGAAAUUACCGGCCAUAGCUACAGCAUCUACAAUGCAGUCUAUGCUUUAGCUCAUGCUGUUCACGGCAUGAACUUAUUUAAGUCAAAAUACAAAAAACUAGCAGAGAGUACAAGAGAAGAACUUCAAGGUCAAGGUACCUGGAAGCUUCACUGUUUUCUUCAAGGCCUUUCAUUCAAUAAUUCACUUGGAGAAACUGUGUCUAUCAACCAUCAAGGAGAAGUGCUUUCUGGAUUUGAUAUUACAAAUGUGGUCAUGUUUCCAAACAACUCCUACCGUAAAGUGAAAAUAGGAAAGAUGGAUUCCACAGCACUUGAAGGAAACAAAUUUCUGAUUCAGGAACAUUUAAUUGUUUGGCACAAAGAUUUUGAGCAGGUCCUGCCCCGUUCAAUAUGUAAUGAUCCCUGUCCUGCUGGCUAUCAGAAGAAAAAGAAAGAAGGUGAAAAAUUUUGCUGCUAUGAUUGUGAUCCAUGUUCUGAUGGGAAGAUGUCAAAUAUGUCAGACACGAUUGCCUGUUCUGAAUGUCCAGAAGAUCAAUAUCCAAGUAAAGACAAAGUUCGAUGCAUCCCCAAAAUCAUAACUUUUCUAACUUAUGAAGAACAUUUAGGGAUCAGCUUAGUUGUGGUUGCUAUUUUUUUUUCAAUCAUUACCUUGUUCAUAUUUGGAAUAUUCAUUAAGUAUAAAGACACCCCUAUUGUUAAAGCUAACAACAAGGACCUCACCUACACUCUUCUCAUCUCCCUUCUGUUUUGCUUCCUCUGCUCUUUUCUCUUCCUUGGAAAACCUCUGACACUGAUUUGCUUCCUCCGACAAUCCGUGUUUGGCAUUAUCUUCUCUGUGGCCAUUUCUUCUGUGUUGGCCAAAACCAUCAUGGUCAUUGCAGCAUUCAUGGCUACCAAACCAGGGUCUGGCAUGAGAAAAUGGUUGGGGAAGAAACUGUCCAUCUUAAUUGUUUUUUCUGGCUCCUCCAUUCAAGCAGGCAUUUGUCUGGCAUGGAUGAUCACCUCUCCCUCCUUUCCAGAACUUAACAUGAAAUCAAUGACUAAAGAGAUCAUAACAGAAUGCAAUGAAGGGUCUGUUGUGAUGUUUUACCUAGUCUUGGGCUAUAUGGGGUUUCUAUCUCUGGUCAGCUUCCUGGUGGCUUUCCUAGCUAGGAACCUGCCAGACACAUUCAAUGAAGCCAGGUUUAUCACUUUUAGCAUGCUGGUGUUUUGCAGUGUUUGGUUAACUUUUGUUCCAACCUAUGUGAGCACCAAAGGAAAGUAUAUGGUAGCUGUGGAGAUCUUCUCCAUCUUAGCCUCUAGUGCUGGGUUAUUGGGAUGUAUCUUUUUCCCCAAAUGCUACAUUAUUCUGCUGAGACCUGACCUCAACAACAAAGAGAAACUUAUUUUGCUGUUGGUGGAAAAGAAUUACUCAACAUAUGCAAUAGUGGGACUGUGGAGAGGCACAAGAAAGUCUCCUCUAGAGAAAAUGCUGACGGUAUUGAUCAUACUGUGGUUACUGGUUGACCUGAAGUGUCAGACAGAUGCCAUAACGUGCCCCAGAAGUGAUCCCUCUCCUAUCCAUCAUGAAUGGUAUAAGCCAGGAAACCGCCUCAUUGGUGGGAUUACAGCUCAGGUUGUAUAUGUGUUUGAGGAACUAUCCUUUGAGGAGCAUCCUUCACAGAAGUCAAUUAUGCCUCCUCUUGUGAACAAAGGAGAUACAAUCCCAACCCUUAAAAAAGAUACCACAUUGGUGAACACAAAAGAUAAAGCAUCAUUCAUAGAGAUCAACUCAAAUCCAACAUUCUUGUCUAACGUUACUCUGGGAUUUUUCAUCUGUGACAACUAUUUUGAUGCCCGGCUGACUUACCGUUCCACUUUGGAACUGCUCUUCCGAUCUGAUCACUUGGUUGUCAACUACAGAUGUGAUAUCAAGAAGAAUCUCCUUGUGGCCAUUAUUGGUGGAUUUGGUGCUGAUAUUUCAUUCUUCAUGUCAGAUAUCAUAAGUCUUUAUAAAAUCCCACAGGUUAGUUGA